AUGGCUGCGAAUGUGAGGCUGUCAGUGCUGUCCAGCAAGGAGACGGGGACGACCACCUUCAGUCGCUACCGACGGCUGCUCGUUCAAACCAACAGCAUACCGUGGAAGCAUGCCGUCAUGUACAUCUUUGUGGGUGGGGCCGUGGCAGUGAGUUCCCCGCCAUCCUAUUCGAACGGGAACCUCACCGCAUUAGUUGUAUCGUUGAUGGCAACAACGAACUACACCACUCAGACCACACAUUCACCGAUCUCGACGACAUUUCGGCCCAACGUCACGACACCAAAACUUGUACCCCCCCUCGCCCGUCGAACUACUCCAUCUCCGCACUUGUUCGAGUCGACUUCGCCAUUCUACACGUCCCUCAUUGUCGGUGUCUCGUCUUUUAUGUUUGCCGUGUUGUUGGUGUGCAUGGCAGUUCUGUACCGCCACCGCCGCCGCCAGCGAUACAAGCCCCCGACCACGAUGUCUGGGCUGUCGCCCUCUGCAGCAGACCGCCACGAGCAGCGCCUCUUCACCUCAGCUGCAGUGGACACGGUCAAUAGAGAGUCGCAUCUGUUGCGGAUCUACCCGUCCACAGGAUCGUCGUCGCGGGUCAACAUGUCUAUGCACGCGACGAGCUUCGUUUCGCCCGAAGUAGACAUGAACGACGGCUACACGACAAACCCCGCAUGGGCUAGCCUAGCUCAAGCGUUGAGUUUACCCGUCCGCGUGAUUCCUCCGGCAUCUGUAAAGCCCUUGCGCAAAGGAUCCGAGGUCCUUGUACGCCAACAUGCUACUUCAUCCUCAACUAUCACGUCGUGGCGUUUAACGCACUCCUUCGCCGAGCACCCCACUGUUAAGGACUCGGCUGAGCAGUGGACUUCCAAAGACCUCAGAGCUCCUCGUAAUCCCCGUUAA